UGACGCUUCAAGUCAGUUAUGAACGAUCUUCUGCAUCAGGCACGAGAACUCGUUGGACCAGCCUAUGACGGUCUUUGUUGAGGCCGACCUGAUUGCCGUGUGGCCUUGCUCCUGCUGACAACCAUCCUCUCCUGCUACCCGUCUCGCCGUCUACAUGACCAGCCUCGUGCCUUCUUGCUGAGUAUCUGACUACUUGUUGCUCCUUCUCUGGUUGAUCAGGUGCCAUGAAGCUGCCUGCUUCUCUCUCGUUUCCUUCUUUGCGUCGAUUUUCCCCUUUGCCCAUCUCACCCAUUCCCCAUCACAGGCCCGUCCAGCCGCUUAUUUGGUAUUUGGCACAUUAUCGUUAUCAUUCUGCUUUAUCACGAGCUCGACUCAUCCCACAGUCACUUGGACCAGUCAUCCUUAGGACCUUUUCCAUCAUGCCCAAGGGAAAGGACAAGUCAAUCAUGGACCUCGUCGAUCAAAAGGUCAACGAAUCCGCUCUCGAAACCCAAUCUCGCAAAGAUGCCAAUUUUGAAACCAUCGAGGCCAAACUACCCAAACGCUGGAGCAAGACCGAGAUGAGCUUCAUCGACAAAGGCACUAGUCUCUUCGGUUCGAAGAACCCCUUCGGCAAGAAAGCGGACCCCAAGGACAACAUAGUAUGGCUCCUGGACAACACAGCAUACCGACCGAUCAAGCCGGGAAAAGACUCUGUGCAGCCUUGGCAAGCGGAAUUUGUGGCCUGUUUUUUCCGUGAAGGCCGCAAGGACUUGACCAAAUAUGUUAGUUCCAUCGCCGACUUGGUCGGGUUGGACGGCAAGGCUGGCGUUGAUGAUGCGGCCAGAAAGAGGAUCGAAGAACGCAUCAAGUCAUUUGUUAUGGCCAUUGCUCCUGCCCGCACAAUGCAGAUCAAGAUUCCCUGCCCGGGUCCGACUGGAAUCCCUCACAAACGCGUUCUUGGGCCCUCCAACCCCAAUGGAAUCAGCAGUCAGACCUUGCUCACUGGUGGUGCAGACGAUGCGGAUGGAAAGACGGUGGUCUGUACCAGCGAAGGCGAUGUCUUCCCAGACUUGAAAUCCAAUACACGAUUUGUUGGCCCCGAAGGUUGGGGUAUCAUUUCGGAUAUCGACGACACAGUGAAAGUGACCAUGACUUCCAGUCCUACUGGUAUUCUGCAGUCAACUUUCGCCGACAUCCCCAAGACUACACCAGGAAUGCCGGAAUUCUACAAGGUUCUUAACGAGUCUUUGAAAUCUCCGGCCUGGUUCUAUCUGUCAGCUUCGCCGUAUAACCUGUACCCCUUCCUCCACGACUUCCUCCACUCCAACUACCCACAGGGGACACUGAUUCUGCGAGAUUCUUCGUGGAUGUAUCUGGGCGGCCUCUUGCAGUCUCUCACUCAGGGUGUGAAAGACUACAAGACUGAUCGCAUCGAAAAGAUCCGAUCCUGGCUUCCGAACCGCAAGUUCGUCUGUAUCGGUGAUUCAACGCAAUCUGACCCGGAGGCAUACGCUGCGAUGUACGCCAAAUAUCCUGACUGGAUCAAGGCAAUCUAUAUUCGGAAGGUUAUCGAAGCCCCUCACAUGGAAGCGAAGAACAAGAACCAAAGGUUCAUCGACGCGUUCAAAGAUGUUCCUGACCAGGUGUGGAGGGUGUUUGUGGACCCGAAAGAGCUGGCAGAUCACAUCAGACAUGUAGCCGGCGUUGCACAUGCGGGUAUGGUUGGCAAUCUGCUGGGUCUCUAGUGCCAGACCGAGCAUGGGAAACGAACGCCGUCGCGAUCCCAAGCUCAAACGCCCCAGACCCGGACCCCGGAAGCGAGAACGCCGCUCCGCUCGCCGAGCCCUGCGCCAAAGGUCUGACAUCGUUUGGUAAGGAUCGUGCGGCCCUACCAAAUUGAAUCUCGACCCCGGGCUCCAACGCCACCUGCGAACAAUCCCCGUCCUAGAGCCUCAUAAAGGCGAAAAGGUGGUAUCAUGGUGGGGUCUCUCAACGAAGGAAUGCUUCACCUAGAAACGAUACCCGAACACGCGAAUGAAGACUGUGGUGUUGCGGCAUUGUUGUAU